UUUUUUCCCAUGUCAUUUGUUGACUGUACAUUUUAGUUUCCAGCCAUGGGGACAACUUUCGAGCUUUGUGUGGCUGUCAGCCUAUUCAUAGUGGUCAGUGGAUCAUGCCCAGUGGGGCGGGAGUUCAUUACUGCCUUUAUGCCUAACUAUUUGCUGAGCUACCAUGAUGAUCAGAGUCUUCAACUGGCCAUAACCACACAGGAUUAUCCAGCCAUUGUUCAAAUUCAGGUCAAUGCAAUCGGUUUCUCCACCUCAGUGAAAAUAGAUAAACAGAACACCAAAUGGAUCGCCAUACCUGGUAACGCUGAAAUUGGGGGUCCAGGAGCUUCCACCAAAACAGUGCAGGUCACCUCCAACUCUGACAUCUCAGUGGUGGCCUUCAACUACAAGUUCUCAACCGGAGACAGCAGUGUGGUCUAUCCAACUGACCAGCUGGGUACUGACUAUGUGGUCUUCACCCCCGAUGAGGGCCCAAGCAACAUGCACAAGCUUAUGUCUAUUGUCAAUGGCAAAGAGCCCAACAAGAUCACAAUCAUCCCUGUCUCCAACAUAAAUCUCAGUGGCGUGGAUUCCUGGAAGCAAAGACAGGCGGUGAUUGUUACCAUGGACCCAUACCAGGUCUACCUCUACCAAAGCUACACCACUUUCACUGGGACCAGGGUCAAAGCCAAGUUCCCUGUGGCAGUCCUGGGGGGACACGAGUGCGUUGCAGAUGGAGGCCGCUGCAAUCACGUCUACGAACAACUGCUACCAGUACAGAGCCUCUCCACCAAUUACCUGGUUCCUUCCAUGCACAUGUCCAAUUCAACAGACUUUGUAAACAUUGUGGCCUCAGAGGACAACACUCUAGUGAAGAUCUUUGAGGGAAAGGUAUCCACUGCUAAAGAGCUGAAAGCGGGGCAGGCGUAUGUGGUUUCUGUCCAACCCAAAUAUCCGCUGAUCAUCAAAAGUGAUAAGAAGGUCAUGGUGAUGUACUUCAGCAACAACAAGCCCUACGAUCCGUUCCUCACCAACAUCCUCCCAACGUCUGAUCUGGCCAACGAGUGGUCGGUGGACACGCAGAGCAAAUUCGAGAGCACAUUGGUCAUUGUCUCAGAGAGGGAAGGGAUCAACACCGUUAAAGUCUGUGAGAAAAAUACAUGUGUGAAAUCUCUCCAAUGGACAUUAUUCAACUCAGACCCUAAGUACAUGUGGGUAAAUAUUCCAUUGGGAGAGCAGCAACAGCAUUUCUCCAUCAAAGGCGACUCCCUCAUGGCUGUUUACGUUUAUGGUGGCAUGCCAAGAGACGGCUACGCUACAACAGGAGUAUGUUCCAAAGGCACUGCCCCACCCACUCUACCACCAGACCCCUGUGAGAAAGUCAAAUGCAGAGAAAAAGAAGAAUGUACAAAGGGGGUUUGUGUCCACAUCUCCAAAGCAACAUGCAGGGCUGUGGGGGACCCCCACUACCUCACCUUUGAUGGGGAGCGGUUUGACUUCCAGGGCACCUGCUCUUACAUCAUGGCCACGGUUGUUAAAUCUGAACCUGGUCUCAUCCCGUUCACUGUCCUGACCAAGAACAACCACAGAGGGAACAAGAGGGUGUCUUUCGUGAGGAAAGUCUCAGUCACAGUCUAUGGGUUGACUGUUGUGAUCAGCACGCAUAAAGGAAAGGUUGAAGUGAAUGGUGAGAAUGUCUACCUGCCUGUCACCCUGGCCGGAGGAAACCUAACGGUGGUGUAUAGUGGCAGCUAUGCUGUUCUGAAGACAAACUUUGGCCUGAAGGUUAUGUACGACUGGAACAUGAAGUUCUACAUCACUGUCCCCAGCAGCUACUUCCGCACCCUGGGUGGGCUCUGUGGGAACUACAACGGGGAUCACAACGACGAGUUCACUAACCCCAAAGGUAACAAGGAACCCACAGUGGUGAAGUUUGCCCAGAGCUGGAGAACUGAAGAUGGCGACUUGUUCUGUCAUGAUGACUGCCAAGGGGAAUGUCCUAUCUGCACUCCGGCUCUCCAACAGAAAUACAAGGGAGAAAAGUUAUGUGGUCUCUUGGCCAAAAAAGAUGGCCCAUUCGCAAGCUGCCACAAGGUCCUGGACCCAGGCGUGUUCAUGGACAACUGUGUCUAUGACGUCUGCAUCAAUAAAGGCAUCUAUCAGUUCCUCUGUGAGAACAUGAAAAGCUACAAUGAUGCCUGCUUGGCUGAGGGGGUCAAAAUUAGCCCUGAGUGGAGGACAAUCACUGCAUGCCCACUGGAAUGUCCAUCAAACAGCUACUACGAGGCGUGUGGCACAGCUUGCCCUGCAUCUUGUUCAGAUCUAGAUGCCGAAGCAAAGUGCAAGGAACCCUGUGUGGAGACCUGUCAAUGCAACAAGGGCUUUGUCCUCAGUGGAGACAAAUGCAUCUCCAAGGAGAGCUGUGGCUGCUCUUAUGAAGGACGAUACUACCCGUCUGGAAUGAAGUUCUGGGAAGAUGACAAAUGCACAAAGCAGUGUGAAUGCAAUCCAGCAACAGCCAAGGUUGAAUGCAAAGCAACAGCAUGCAAGAAAUCAGAGGUGUGUGGCCUGCAGAGUGGUAAGAGAGAUUGUUACCCAACAUCUUAUGCCACCUGCCAAGGUUCAGGCGACCCCCACUACCGCACGUUUGAUGGCAAGAGGUUCAACUUCCAGGGAACGUGUACUUACGUUCUCUCCAAAUUGGUCAGCAAAGACGACAGAUCUCUGGCACCUUUUGAGGUGCUUGUAAAGAAUCAGAAUAGGGGGAGGAACACGGCAGUGUCUUACACAAAGACAGUCACCAUCACUGUCUUCAGAAACAUCAUCAUCAUGAGUCGGGACAACCCUGGUAAAGUAUUGGUCAACAACCAGUAUGUGAACUUGCCAUUUGAUGUAGAAGACGGCCAACUGUCCAUCUUCCGCAGUGGGUAUUUCGGGGUGGUGAAGACCAAAUUUGGCCUGACACUGAAGUUCAACUGGAACAGCCACGUCUCCCUAACCCUCCCCAGCUCCUACUCAGACCUCAUCGGAGGGCUCUGCGGAAACUGGAAUGGCCAACGGAAUGACAAUCUCCUCAAACCAGACAGGAGCCCUGCUAACACCCCAACAGUAUUCGGGGACAGCUGGAAAGUGGGGAACGACCCUGGCUGCUCCAGCGACUGUGACGGCAAGAAGUGCCCCACCUGUGACCACAGCCUGAUGCUUGAUUACCAAACAGGGAAAUAUUGUGGCAGGAUCACAGACAAAAAUGGUCCGUUCAAGUACUGCCACGCCAAGGUGGACCCCAGAGAGUACUAUGAGGACUGUGUGUUUGAUUUGUGUAUGUACCGUGGCCAUGCCUCUGCCCUCUGUAACGCCCUCAGCACCUACACCACCGCCUGCCAGGAUGCCACUGCCAAGGUGGAACAGUGGAGGUCGGACAGCUUCUGUCCGUCUUCCUGUAAGACCAACAGCCACUAUGAGGUGUGUGCCUCAGGCUGCCCCCAGACCUGCAGCGGCCUCGAUGAGCCUGAGAGCUGUGGGAACUCCCUGUGCACUGAGGGAUGUGUCUGUGACGAAGGGUUCAUACUGAGCGACAGCGAGUGUGUGCUGCUGGCUGAAUGUGGCUGCGUUCACCAAGGCCAGUACUACCAGAUGGGCCAGGUGUUCUUCCCCAACGGCCAGUGCAAAGAGCGCUGUGUGUGUAACAAGGAUGGAGACGUGGAGUGUAAUGUAAAGUUUGCCUGUGGUCCCAGUGAGAAGUGCCAGGUCCAAGACGGGGUGCAGGCCUGUGUACCCAUGAGCACGGGCACUUGCCAUGUGAGCGGGGCCAGGAGAUUCCACUCGUUCGAUGGCAGCUGCUUCGGCCUACACGGGGACUGUGUGUACAAAAUGUCAGAGGUUGUGGAGAAAGACGGAUCGAUGGCUCCAUUUGUUGUAUCAGUGCAGCAGUUGACCAAGAUGGAUGAUGCAAUGGUCACCAGGAGGGUUGACAUACAGGCCUACAAAUACAAGAUAUCUAUGUCUCCCAGAGUUAUAUGGGAAAUAAUGGUGGAUGAUGUUGCAACAAAUCUCCCACUGUCACUCGGAGAUGGAAAGGUCAGGGCCUACCAGAACGGCAUUAACAUCGUCGUGGUAACAGACUUUGGCUUGAUGGUGACCUACGACACCGUUGCUGGCGCCAUCAUACAGCUUCCAUCCAUUUACAAAGGUGUUACCGGUGGUCUCUGUGGCAACUAUAAUGACAAGAAGGAGGAUGACUUCCUGCUGCCCAGUGGGUUGCAGGAGCCGUCUGUGGAGAAGUUUGCAGCGGGGUGGUUGGUGGUUCAGGAAGGGGUCAAAUGUCAGACAGGAUGUGACGGUGGCUUGAAGUGUCCUCCCACCAGUGGACCCCCGCCGGCUUGUAGCAUCAUGAAGUCAACCAAGGGUCCAUUUGCCCAAUGCCAUGCUGUUGUGCCACCACAAGAGCACUUUGAGGAGUGCAUGAAGGAGGGAGAGGGUGGGGAUGCCCUGUGCCGCCACUUACAGACAUAUGUGACUUUCUGUCAGGUAUCCGGUGGCCUUGUCAGCAGCUGGAGAUCUGACCAGUUUUGUCCUCUGACGUGUCCAGCUAACAGUCACUAUGAGUUGUGUGCCGACACCUGUUCUUCUACCUGUUACUCUCUCAGCGAGUCUCCAAAAUGCCCACUAUGCCAGGAGGGCUGCCAGUGUGACGAUGGCUUUGUGUUUGAUGGUGGCAAGUGUGUCCUACUGGAGAACUGUGGCUGUGUGGUUGAUGGACACUAUUACAAGUCUGGCCAGUCUGUGAUCCUGGGAAACUGUUCUGAGACCUGCAGCUGUGCCGCAGGAGUGUUCACCUGCAAGAACUCCCAGUGCAAAGAGGGUCAGAAAUGUGGGAUGAAGAAUGGAGUCAUGGACUGCUACAGCAUAGACCCCUGUGAGGACACUGAGUGCCGUGAGAAAGAAAACUGUGUGGUGAUGAACAAUAAGGCGAUAUGUGUGGCCCAGUCCAAGGCCACCUGCAGGGCUGUGGGGGACCCCCACUACCUCACCUUUGAUGGGGAGCGGUUUGACUUCCAGGGCACCUGCUCUUACGUCAUGGCCACGGUUGUUAAAUCUGAACCUGGCCUCAUCCCGUUCACUGUCCUGACCAAGAACAACCACAGAGGGAACAAGAGGGUGUCUUUCGUGAGGAAAGUCUCAGUCACGGUCUAUGGGCUGACUGUUGUGAUCAGCACGCAUAAAGGGAAGGUUGAGGUGAAUGGUGAGAAUGUCUACCUGCCUGUCACCCUGGCCGGAGGAAACCUAACGGUGGUGUAUAGUGGCAGCUAUGCUGUUCUGAAGACAAACUUUGGCCUGAAGGUUAUGUACGACUGGAACAUGAAGUUCUACAUCACUGUCCCCAGCAGCUACUUCCGCACCCUGGGUGGGCUCUGUGGGAACUACAACGGGGAUCACAACGACGAGUUCACUAACCCCAAAGGUAACAAGGAACCCACAGUGGUGAAGUUUGCCCAGAGCUGGAGAACUGAAGAUGGCGACUUGUUCUGUCAUGAUGACUGCCAAGGGGAAUGUCCUAUCUGCACUCCGGCUCUCCAACAGAAAUACAAGGGAGAAAAGUUAUGUGGUCUCUUGGCCAAAAAAGAUGGCCCAUUCGCAAGCUGCCACAAGGUCCUGGACCCAGGCGUGUUCAUGGACAACUGUGUCUAUGACGUCUGCAUCAAUAAAGGCAUCUAUCAGUUCCUCUGUGAGAACAUGAAAAGCUACAAUGAUGCCUGCUUGGCUGAGGGGGUCAAAAUUAGCCCUGAGUGGAGGACAAUCACUGCAUGCCCACUGGAAUGUCCAUCAAACAGCUACUACGAGGCGUGUGGCACAGCUUGCCCUGCAUCUUGUUCAGAUCUAGAUGCCGAAGCAAAGUGCAAGGAACCCUGUGUGGAGACCUGUCAAUGCAACAAGGGCUUUGUCCUCAGUGGAGACAAAUGCAUCUCCAAGGAGAGCUGUGGCUGCUCUUAUGAAGGACGAUACUACCCGUCUGGAAUGAAGUUCUGGGAAGAUGACAAAUGCACAAAGCAGUGUGAAUGCAAUCCAGCAACAGCCAAGGUUGAAUGCAAAGCAACAGCAUGCAAGAAAUCAGAGGUGUGUGGCCUGCAGAGUGGUAAGAGAGAUUGUUACCCAACAUCUUAUGCCACCUGCCAAGGUUCAGGCGACCCCCACUACCGCACGUUUGAUGGCAAGAGGUUCAACUUCCAGGGAACGUGUACUUACGUUCUCUCCAAAUUGGUCAGCAAAGACGACAGAUCUCUGGCACCUUUUGAGGUGCUUGUAAAGAAUCAGAAUAGGGGGAGGAACACGGCAGUGUCUUACACAAAGACAGUCACCAUCACUGUCUUCAGAAACAUCAUCAUCAUGAGUCGGGACAACCCUGGCAAAGUAUUGGUCAACAACCAGUAUGUGAACUUGCCAUUUGAUGUAGAAGACGGCCAACUGUCCAUCUUCCGCAGUGGGUAUUUCGGGGUGGUGAAGACCAAAUUUGGCCUGACACUGAAGUUCAACUGGAACAGCCACGUCUCCCUAACCCUCCCCAGCUCCUACUCAGACCUCAUCGGAGGGCUCUGCGGAAACUGGAAUGGCCAACGGAAUGACAAUCUCCUCAAACCAGACAGGAGCCCUGCUAACACCCCAACAGUAUUCGGGGACAGCUGGAAAGUGGGGAACGACCCUGGCUGCUCCAGCGACUGUGACGGCAAGAAGUGCCCCACCUGUGACCACAGCCUGAUGCUUGAUUACCAAACAGGGAAAUAUUGUGGCAGGAUCACAGACAAAAAUGGUCCGUUCAAGUACUGCCACGCCAAGGUGGACCCCAGAGAGUACUAUGAGGACUGUGUGUUUGAUUUGUGUAUGUACCGUGGCCAUGCCUCUGCCCUCUGUAACGCCCUCAGCACCUACACCACCGCCUGCCAGGAUGCCACUGCCAAGGUGGAACAGUGGAGGUCGGACAGCUUCUGUCCGUCUUCCUGUAAGACCAACAGCCACUAUGAGGUGUGUGCCUCAGGCUGCCCCCAGACCUGCAGCGGCCUCGAUGAGCCUGAGAGCUGUGGGAACUCCCUGUGCACUGAGGGAUGUGUCUGUGACGAAGGGUUCAUACUGAGCGACAGCGAGUGUGUGCUGCUGGCUGAAUGUGGCUGCGUUCACCAAGGCCAGUACUACCAGAUGGGCCAGGUGUUCUUCCCCAACGGCCAGUGCAAAGAGCGCUGUGUGUGUAACAAGGAUGGAGACGUGGAGUGUAAUGUAAAGUUUGCCUGUGGUCCCAGUGAGAAGUGCCAGGUCCAAGACGGGGUGCAGGCCUGUGUACCCAUGAGCACGGGCACUUGCCAUGUGAGCGGGGCCAGGAGAUUCCACUCGUUCGAUGGCAGCUGCUUCGGCCUACACGGGGACUGUUUGUACAAAAUGUCAGAGGUUGUGGAGAAAGACGGAUCGAUGGCUCCAUUUGUUGUAUCAGUGCAGCAGUUGACCAAGAUGGAUGAUGCAAUGGUCACCAGGAGGGUUGACAUACAGGCCUACAAAUACAAGAUAUCUAUGUCUCCCAGAGUUAUAUGGGAAAUAAUGGUGGAUGAUGUUGCAACAAAUCUCCCACUGUCACUCGGAGAUGGAAAGGUCAGGGCCUACCAGAACGGCAUUAACAUCGUCGUGGUAACAGACUUUGGCUUGAUGGUGACCUACGACACCGUUGCUGGCGCCAUCAUACAGCUUCCAUCCACUUACAAAGGUGUUACCGGUGGUCUCUGUGGCAACUAUAAUGACAAGAAGGAGGAUGACUUCCUGCUGCCCAGUGGGUUGCAGGAGCCGUCUGUGGAGAAGUUUGCAGCGGGGUGGUUGGUGGUUCAGGAAGGGGUCAAAUGUCAGACAGGAUGUGACGGUGGCUUGAAGUGUCCUCCCACCAGUGGACCCCCGCCGGCUUGUAGCAUCAUGAAGUCAACCAAGGGUCCAUUUGCCCAAUGCCAUGCUGUUGUGCCACCACAAGAGCACUUUGAGGAGUGCAUGAAGGAGGGAGAGGGUGGGGAUGCCCUGUGCCGCCACUUACAGACAUAUGUGACUUUCUGUCAGGUAUCUGGUGGCCUUGUCAGCAGCUGGAGAUCUGACCAGUUUUGUCCUCUGACGUGUCCAGCUAACAGUCACUAUGAGUUGUGUGCCGACACCUGUUCUUCUACCUGUUACUCUCUCAGCGAGUCUCCAAAAUGCCCACUAUGCCAGGAGGGCUGCCAGUGUGACGAUGGCUUUGUGUUUGAUGGUGGCAAGUGUGUCCUACUGGAGAACUGUGGCUGUGUGGUUGAUGGACACUAUUACAAGUCUGGCCAGUCUGUGAUCCUGGGAAACUGUUCUGAGACCUGCAGCUGUGCCGCAGGAGUGUUCACCUGCAAGAACUCCCAGUGCAAAGAGGGUCAGAAAUGUGGGAUGAAGAAUGGAGUCAUGGACUGCUACAGCAUAGACCCCUGUGAGGACACUGAGUGCCGUGAGAAAGAAAACUGUGUGGUGAUGAACGAUAAGGCGAUAUGUGUGGCCCAGUCCAAGGCCUACUGCUGGUUGUUCGGUGACCCUCACUAUAGCACGUUCGAUGGCCAGCCCUUCUCCUUCAUGGGUACCUGCUCCUACAUUCUGGUGAAUACGACAGGCAAAGAUCCCUCCCUGCCUCAGUUCAGCAUCCAGACUAAGAACGAGCCGCGCGUCAACUCCAAAGGCUCCUUCCUCAAGUCAGCCAACAUAGACCUGAGUGGUCACAGGAUCACCAUUCUCAGUGGCCAAAGAGGGACAGUGGAGAUUGAUGGCAUUAGGUCUGACCUCCCUGUGAGUUUGGAGUCUGGCAACAUCAGAAUCACGGAGUCUGGUAUCCAAGGGACCAUCCAGACAGAUGUUGGCCUGAAGAUCACUUUUGACUGGACCGCCUUCUUCAUGGUGACCAUCAGCAGCAGUUACUACGACAACCUCGGUGGCAUUUGUGGCAACUACAAUGGUAACAAAACAGACGACUUCACCACUCCCACAGGUGUGCUUUCGGCAAAUACCACGGCGUGGGUGGCAUCCUGGAGUGUUGCUGACGGUGAUCCAUUCUGCCGGCAUGUCUGUAAUGGCAACUGCCCCACGUGCUCAGAACCAGACCGGGCACUUUAUACUGGACCAAAGUACUGUGGUUUGAUGACAGACAGAGGGGGCCCAUUUCACCAGUGUCAUAAGAAAGUGCCAGUGAAGGAGUUUGCCUCAGACUGCCUCUAUGAUGUGUGUCUGAAUGAGGGUCGACAGGAGGUGUUGUGUGAGACCUUGGCUAACUACGUGGCCAAAUGUCAGCAGGCUGGGGUUGUAGUCUCACCGCUGUGGAGAAAGGCCUCCAACUGCCCCCUGGCUUGCCCAUACCACAGCCACUAUGAGCUAUGUGGCACUUCCUGCCCUGCUACCUGUGCCAUUCCCAAUGUCCCCGAGAUCUGUUCCAAAGUCUGUGUAGAAGGCUGCCAGUGCGACAUGGGUUACGUGCUCAGUGGUGAACACUGUGUCAUCAAGGAGACAGGGUGUGGCUGUACACACAAUGACCAUUACUACCUGCCUGAAGAAACCUUUUGGGAGGGCAACAGAUGUCAGAGUAAGUGUGUGUGCGAUGGAGCCACACAGAAGUUGGUGUGUAUGCCUAGGAAGUGCAAGGCUAGUGAGCACUGUGAAGUGGUCAACGGGGUUCAGGACUGCUACCCUUUCAGCUUCAAGACCUGCUCAGCACAGGGGGACCCCCACUUCCGCACCUUUGAUGGGAAGCGCUUCGACUUCCAGGGAAACUGUAUCUACAAGCUGGCGGGGGUCUGCUCCAAAGAUCCCGAUCUGGAGAGCUUUGAGGUGACUCUGGAGAACAACAACAGGGGCAGCACCAGAGUCUCCUACGCCAAGGUGGUGACUGUCAUUGUGUUGGGAAGUAGUUACACCGUCACAGGUGAUUAUCACGGCAAAGUUCUGGUGGACGAUGUCCUGACAUCUCUGCCAUACUACUCCAACAACACUGAGGUUCAGAUCUACAGAAACAGACGUUUUGCUGUACUGGAGACUCAUUUCGGUCUCAAGGUCUCCUUCGACUGGUCCAGCGAGGUGAGGGUGAAGGUCCCGAGCACCUACCACAACGCCAUCUGUGGUCUCUGUGGCAACCUCAAUGACGACCCUGAUGACGACCUGCUUCUGCCCAACGGGAAAAAGCCCAUGAGUCCCAAGGAGUUUGGAAACAGUUACUGGGUAGCUGACGUACCGGGCUGCUCCCACGAGUGCAAAGAUUGUGCCGUUGUAGACAUCCCCCUUAUAAAGCCCAAAUAUGUCAGCGCCUGUGAUGUCAUUGUGGAUAAGAGUGGUCCCCUCAGAGACUGCAUUGGCAGAGUGGACUCUGAUGAGUACAAAGAAGACUGCAUCUAUGACAUGAUCCUCAACAACGGCCUACUGACGGCAGCCUGUGACAUCAUCACCAACUAUGUGGAAGAGUGUCAGGAGAAGGGAGGGAAAAUUGAGGUCUGGAGGAGUAAAGACUUCUGCCACCUCCCCUGUCCAGAGAACAGUGUCUACAGCCUCUCGGCCUCCGGGUGCCCGUCCACAUGCUAUUCCAUGUCCUCCGCCCCAGGAUGCACCACUCCUCCAGGGGAGGGCUGUCAAUGCAAACCUGGUUUCCUGCUGAGCGAUGACAAGUGUGUCCACAUGAAGAACUGUGGCUGUCACCACAAGGGUCGCUACUUUGUGUCCGGCGAGGUCUUCUACAAGGAGAACUGCCACCACCGCUGCAGCUGUAACUCCGGCGAGAUGGCCUGUGAGGUGGCGCCCUGCGGUCCGAAGACCACGUGUGCGGUGGUGAAGGGGGUCAGGGGCUGUUACAUUAUCAGCAGCAAAGAUUCAAACAACCAGUCAUGGAUUGAAAAACUCCUUAACAAAUAUGGAAAACCUGUACAUAUCAAGUUUGGAGGCUAGAACAUUUUAAUGUUCAAAUAAGAUCUCAUGGCUCUAAAAUAUCCUUUAAAAACUUCCCUUUCAUGUCCAGGUUGUAGGCUAAAGCAUUUCAACAUAAAAUAGUCAAAUUACCUUCAAAUUACCUUCUGUAUGUGAUAACAUAUUCUGAACUAUAUAAUGUGGUGAGGGAUUAUGAGUACUCAUGCAUGGAAUUGUUAUUUAACUCUGUAUUUGUUAUAAUCCAAAUAUAAUCUCUGUAUUCAUGUAUCUCUGUCUUUCCUUUAGUCAAGAGAAUUUUCAAUCCCAAUGAUAAUAACUGACAAUCAAUAGCUCUGACCAAUCCCCGAGAUCUGUAAAACCAUGGGUUUAAUAAUAAUUAGUCAAAGGCUCAGUUUAGGCAAAAAGAUAAUACAGUUUAUUCAGAGAAUAUUCUUAAAUCCAUUAUACAAAGUCAUCCACUUUAUAGCUGCGCACAUACUUCCACACAAACAGUAUGUAUCCUACGCACAUACUUCCACACAAACAGUAGGUAUCCUACGCACAUACUUCCACACAAACAGUAGGUAUCCUACGCACAUACUUCCACACAAACAGUAGGUGAGUUUUAUCUCUAUAGUUCUCACCACUGUGUAUCACUGCCCAGCCAACAGUUCCAUUCCCCCGAGAUUAGGGAAACCUUGAGAAGUACUCCCUAUGCUAUCAUAGGUUCCUCAGAAGCCUAGCCAGCUCGGUCCAAACACAGUUUAACACUGGUUUUUUUUCUUCGGCACACACAUACAAGUUCAAAUCCUAAGCUACGCCUUGCUCAGACAGUCUGUGUUUUUCCACUAUACAGAUACAUUGUUUAACCCAAUUCUGACUAAAACUACACACAUCAUCAGAUUAUAAUUUUAUGAUUCUAAUCAAUUUCAUACAUUUAUAAGGUUUCAGAGUGGAAUAAUUGUAUCAUUAUCUUUCAACAUAUACAUUAUUUUAUUACCUUCACAACUUUCAAAAGCCUAAUAAUAAACAUAUUGCAGCUAA